UCAUGAAGCUGCGCCUCCGGGCGGUUUCGGAGUCAGUCAGUGUCUUCUUCAACAAACACACGCGUCUGCGAGAAGCGCUUUUCUCCGCACGGAGAGUUCAAGUUCCUCCGCUCGUCUCCAGCCCGCACCGAGCGCAGCAUCAUGUCGCUGCCGCAGCAGUUACGGGACGAAAGUGACUUUGAUCAGCUGCCCGAUAACAUCCCCAUCAGCGCCACCAUUGCUGACACCGAGGAGAAGAAAGGCUUCAUCGACUACUUUAGGUUUGUGAUCGAGGUGAAGACCAAAGGAGGGGGCAAGUACUUCAUCUACAGGAGGUACAGAGAAUUUUUCAACCUCCACCAGAUCCUCGAGUCCAAAUACUCUCCUGAAGACCCAGAGAGACCUGGUCCCAACACCUGCGUCCUGCCUUCUCUUCCAGGAAAAGUCUUCAUUGGCAACAAGCAGGAGAUUGCGGAGAGCAGAAUCCCUGAACUCAACACGUACAUGAAGAGGUUGCUGGGUCUGCCAACAUGGCUGUUGCUCAACGAAACUCUCAGGAUGUUUUUCUACCAGACGGACCAGGACAGCCAGCACCAACCGCGAGCCCUCAGGCGUCUCCGCCCACCUACCCGCAAAGUAAAGACAGUCAAACCAAAGAUGGACCUCUUCUCCUCCCCCAGGGCCGAGGCGAUGUUUGACUUUCGCGGCAACGGCAAGGCGGAGUUGAACCUGAAGAGGGGAGAGGUGAUCUUCCUGCUGCAACGAGUCAACGCCGACUGGCUGGAGGGCACGGUGAACAAUCAGACUGGUAUUUUCCCGCAAUCCUUCGUGAAGAUCAUCAAGCCCCUCCCAGAGGGUGACGCAGAAGGCGAGGGCGAGGGCCUUACAUACAGCUGCCUGCGCUGCUACCUGCUCACCCCCAACGGAGUCGACACCAGAGAUGUGUGUGUGCAAGAGAACCUCACUAUCCAGCCGACGUACAAGGACCUACUGUCUCGUAUGAGGAAUGUCUUCAAGGUGGACGACAUCGCCGUGAACUACCGCGAUCCUGACGGCGACCUCAUCCGUAUCCUCGAUGAUGAGGACGUCCAGCUGAUGAUCAAGGAGAGCAGAAGUCAGCAGGGAAAAGUCAAGAGACCUGUCAAUCAGUUUCCAUGGGAACUGCACGUGACCUUGAUCUCUGACCUUUCUGUUUACAACACUGAGGCCUGACAGGGUGGAAAUCAAGGGAAGUGAAGAAGACGUUUUGUGAGGUUGGGCCCAUGUAACAAUUUUCAAAGCGGUUUGAUAUUAAGCCAAAUACUGAACCGGAACGGUAAUACCGAAUUUACCUAUAAGGAGUUACAUGUGACUCAGCUUCUCCCGAGUGGAGCAUGAUGAGAGUCAAGUGGCACCACAGGUACUGAGUGACCACCAUGUUUUUAUUUCUCAUAUUCAACUUAACUUUUCUUCCUCUAAAAUUUCAGCCUCCUGCAGAUUUAGAAAAUAUCAAAAUGUUGCCUACUAAUAGGCCUCUGUAAUUAUAUGUUACUCGAUUGCACAAUGCGUUUGAAAUUAGAGCUUCCACAUGCAUACCAAGUCAGAAACACAGCCUCUGAUUGGUCAACAAUCAGGAACACAGCCUCUGAUUGGUCGACAAGUCAGGAACACAGCCUCUGAUUGUCUGACAGACUCAACCCAAGGCAUCAUGGAUUGAUAGGGGAUGGCUAACAAACAUGCUAACAACAACAAUAACUGUUUUCAGCAUGGAAGAAUGGUUAAUAAUCACAGAUUCAGUGUUGGAUUUAGUAAAAGGGAUGUGAUGGCACCGGAGCUCGAUGUACUUGUGGCCAUAAAAAGUCUGUAGCAUGCAGUUUACCAGAGAUUUGUCAUAUACAACAUAUUUUAAUAUUGAUUACGACAUUGUCGACCUGAGGAGGUCAAUCACUUAUAUUCUCAUCAUAUUGCUUCUUGCUAAUUCAAUGCAAGUUGAACUUAGUGCUGUCAGCACAGGUUGCUGAUGUAGACUACUUUUUAAUUUGCCAGAAUAUCUCAUAAUGACAAAUUUAAUCUGUUUGCAUAAUAACAUUUUUAUAAUUUGCUUGCUUGAGUUUUUUUCUAAAUGGGAGUUGGUGCUCUGAGCUGCAGUACACUGAAGAAGCAGGGCAUCAAACAGCCUGGUAUACGCAGUGUCAGCCUCAGCUCAGGGCAGAAAAAACCUCAGGCUACACAUCAACUCACACAUUUGCAGAUCUCAGUGGAUGGCAGGAGUUAGUAAAUGUCAAACGUACCUCUAAAGAGGUAUACCUGGUAGAGGUAUACAUUUAGAGACUCAAAUUCUCAAAUCUGAGUACAUGUGCACAGAUUGAGAUACAGUUUCACAACACAUGAUUUAGCUGGAAUAAGACAUCAUAAUUUAUCAAGCACAAUACCAAACAUUUGCAGGUUCCAGCUACUCAACCAUGACAAUUUGUUGCUAUUCUUUGUUUUAUAUGACCGUAAACUGUGUUUCUGGGCUGUUGAUGUGACAAAUAAAGCAAUCUGACAAUAUCAAUUUAGGAUUAGGGACUGUGGUGGACAUUUUUUUGCUAAUGAGUCAAUGAUUGAUUAGCAGCAAUACCAAAAAACUCAACAAUUUAAUCAACAAUGAAAAUCUGCGCUAAACAUUCUAAAUGCAAGGUCAAUUUGGUAUUCCAGGAGCUUUCGACCAUAUCCCACAGUCUUCUUCUGAGUAUGGAACUUGCUCAGGUGUCAUCACACAACUGAAUUUCUGCACUUUUGCAUGACAGCAGGUUCUUGAAUAUGGGUGAUACCUGUGAAGAAGGACGUGGGACACAGCUGAAAGAUCAAGGAUUAGCUGAGUAAUUGGACUUUGCAUGUAGAAUAUCUUCUGUAAAGACUCUCCACCCUCAAGAUAAUGAAAAUAAUUGUUUGUUGCAACCUUAUUAGCAAUUGCACUGACUUGUCCACCUCGUUCUCUGUGGAUUCUGAUUUCUCUUUUUGGAUAAAAGAGUUUGGAACAACUGGAAUAAAAAUCAGAAUUUUCCAAAAAAAAAAAAAAAUCAUUGAGGAUUGAUCAAUCCUAUCAACCAACUUCAGAUACUUAGUGUUGAUUUGGUGCUACAAGGGAAAUCCUGAACUUCUAAUUUGACCCUUCAGUCUAUCCUCCAUGGCUCUGUCUCGCUCACACCGUGCAUUCACAUUUUAACCAUGUGUCUCCAUUUCAUUCACACUCGCCUCAGGAAAUUCAAAUAUUGUAUUGCCUUUGCUGGCAGGACAGUUUUUUCCUCAUCUCUAAUGCAAAGUUAUUCCCCUCAUAUUCCCUUUUAACAGCCUCUCCCAGGCAAUGUGAAAGUUAUGCAUCUUUAAAAGUUGCUUAUCGCACCAGAGGCGACUGAUACUUGCCCAGACUUAUCCUAUUGAGUAUUCAGGUGUGUAUUAUGCUCUGUUUUAAGGCAUAAGCAUGAUGGUAAAAAUGACAAAUCCAGAAGGAACAUAUGCUGGUUGACUCUGUGAUGGAUUGGAUAUGACAGCAAAUUUGCACAUUUUUAAAAAAAUGCCUGUUUUAUACCUAGAAGAGACAUUUUAUUGCUAGUUUGUGGAGAAAUCAAAUUUAUUUUAGACCAGAGUCCAAAACAGCAGUUAUUUUUGGAAUAGCUAAAACAGUUAAUUCUCUACCCUUUCAUAAAGCUGGGCUCCCUGGACACAUGUUGGUGUAAAUGGUGGUUUUUCAGGUGUUAAUGGAUUAUUUGGUGAUGAUCUGAUCCCAUGAGACUGCAUGGCACUGAUGUGGAUGUGCAUCUCUGUUAUCCACUCUCACUCAAAUGUUGGUAUUCAAAAAGUGUAGAAAAAGAUUGUAUUAAUGUUUGUGGUCUGAGAGCAUUAGAAACAGACGAAGCAAACCUCGAGGUAAGCAACAGACGCUUCACAAGCCAGUACACUCAUGUUAAGACACACAAGUGACACACAGAGACACACUUUGUUUCAAAUGAAAGUACAGGAAACAAAUGGAUAAAGAGGACAUGUCCUUGAUGAACCAGUCUGUCUGUCUAAUAACUUUAUGUACAUAUUACUGUUUCCAAUUACAUCUAUUGCCUUUUUCAUUUCUAAAGAGCGAGUGAGUUUCCAGUGAUUGACAAGCACAAUGACACUGAUGUGACCUUGGCAGAGCUGGAGUGAAAUAAACACAUUGUGGUGCUUUGUGAUGUCACUCCGAAAGCAGCCGUACCUCAUGACCACAAUCACAUUUUGCUACAUAUACAUUCUGCAUAUGUUAAUGCCGCAUGAGGCUCUGUGAUUGCUUUUAUCACUGCUUUGUUUUUGUUGCACUAAAAGGAGCCCAUCGCUGCUAACCCGCUGUUAUGUUUUCCACUUACAUUUAGCGGAUGCUGUCAUGCAGAGCAAGUUAACGCUGAGUGAGCAUGCAAGGCUGCAGGUCCUGUUCAAGGACAUUGCUUACUGAUGUGCCCGAUUGGAGUUGUUGUUAAGGGGUUUUCUCUGCAGUCAGAAAUAAUCUCCAUGUUUAGGUUAAGCUUUUAAGACUGAUUUUCCUAGUGUUGUAUAUUAAUAAUAAUAAUAAUAAUAAUACAUUUUAUUUGGAAGCGCCUUUCAAAGCACUCAAGGACACUUUACAGAGCGGGUAAAACACAAAUAACACAGGAUAAGCACAAUAAAAAAAACACAAAUACACAGGAUAAAUACAAGCACGAUAAAACAUUCUAAUUAUAGCAAUUGUAAUUAAUUUUAAGUGCAGCUGUGAUUGGAAAUGCGCUGCAUACUCUGAUAGAGAGAAUGUUUGUUGAUGUUGACAAUGCUCCAAGUGUCACAUCCUAAGCAAAUAACAUUUUCAAAGUUGUGAUACCUGGUAAGUUGAUGCCAUUUUCACCACAUAACAACAAUGAAAGGAUGAACCCUCACAGUCUUGGUACCAUCCUGUUGGUGUAACAUCCUGUUUUAGGAAUAAUUCAACGUUUGGACAGCAGCACCACAGUGAAAAUUGACGACCAACCAUUGGAGACACCAAGGAUUAGUCAAACACAUGUAAAAACAUGUUUUGUCAUUAUUAUAGUUAUUGUUUUUAUUGUUAUUAUAUUACAUGUUUUAUAUGUUUCAUACAGAUUACACAAAUGAAAUAAAACUGU